AGAGCUAGCAAAAAUGGGACUUGUGCAACUGAAUUAUUUGAACGUGGUUUUCUUUGGGAUGAAUUAUUUAGGGCUGUGAGAAAUGAAGGAUACAACUUUUAAACAGCAGAGGGAGACAGAGUUCCGUAAUGAAGGUUCCUAAUUAGAAAUGUUGCUCUGGGCUGGUAAGGGAGCGAGGCAGAAGAGGCAGAGAGAGGGACAGAUACAGCUGCAGAGACCAGGAGUUAAAGGCACACUUCAGGGGAGGAAAAUCCCACUGAGCAGGGCGUUGUGUUCCCCUAAAUCUAAUGAUCCCUGUGGCUUUGUGGAAGGAAUAAGGAUGGUGCUUUUACAGAUAUGGAGCUUCAUUGCCUUCCUCUUCCUGUCCUGUACUGAGGCAACAUCCAUGUAUGGAGAAAUCCUGUCUCCAAAUUAUCCUCAGGCAUAUCCCAAUGAUGCUUUGGAAUCCUGGAAAAUAGAUGUUCCUCCUGGUUAUGGAAUUCAUCUCUACUUCACUCACCUGGAUAUAGAGCCAUCUCAAAAUUGCCAGUAUGACUUUGUGAAGGUCCUGUCUGGUGAGCAGGUGGAGGGUCAGUUCUGUGGGCGUAAAACGAGACGCACGCCGGGCUCUCCUGUCCUGGAAGAACUCCACGUGCCCUACAACAGUUUGACUGUCCUCUUUCAGUCUGACUUUUCCAAUGAAGAGAGAUACACUGGAUUUGCUGCCUAUUACACUGCAAUGGAUGUGAACGAGUGCACAGAUUUCGUGGAAGAGGCCUGUAGCCAUUAUUGCAAUAACUAUAUUGGUGGCUACUUUUGCUCUUGUCCUCCUGAAUAUUUCUUGCACGAGGAUAAGAAGACAUGUGGAGUGAACUGCAGUGGGAAUGUGUUUACUGAGCUGUCUGGGGAAAUUACCAGCCCCAACUAUCCCAGGCCAUAUCCUGAGAACUCACACUGUGAUUACCGUGUCAUCCUGGAGCCAGGAUACCAGGUGAUCCUGAGCAUUGGGAAGAAGGACUUUGAAGUUGAGCCAAGUGACUCAGAAGGAAAUUGCAUUGAUGCCUUGAGAUUUUUGGCAGGCGAUCAGCAUUUUGGUCCUUACUGUGGCAAUACAUUUCCUGGGCCUCCUGAAAUCAAGACUAAAAGCAAUAUUGUGGACAUUUUCUUCCAAACGGACGAAGCAGAACAAAUGAAAGGCUGGAAAAUCCGCUACUUUGGGGACCCAAUGCCCUGCCCACAGACUGUUAUUUCAAAUUCUGUUCAGCAUCCCUUAAGAGACCAUUAUGUCUUUAAGGAUUCUGUGAUGGUGACUUGCAUAGAAGGUCAUGAGAUUGUAAUGCCACGAGGCAGUACAACGUCCUUCUACUCUAGCUGUCAAAGCAAUGGAAGAUGGAGCAACUCUGAUUACAGUUGUGUUCCUGUAGACUGUGGUAUGCCUGAUCCCAUUAAACAUGGAGAUGUCGUUUACUUGUCAGGAUUGGAGGAGACGCAAUAUCAAACCACUAUCCGUUAUGUGUGCCGCAAACCUUAUUAUACCCUGAAGGGCAAAGAAAUAUAUCAGUGUUCAGCCAGUGGAAAAUGGGUGGAUGAAGAAGGGAAAACGGAGCUUCCAGUUUGUGUCCCAGUUUGUGGAAUUCCCAGUAGACCUAUAGAAGAAGUAGGGAGAAUUUUUGGAGGAACUUUUGCUAAUGAAGGAAAUUUCCCUUGGCAAAUCUUCUUUGAAGCCCCACUUCAAAGGGCUGGUGGAGCCCUCAUUUCAGACCUCUGGAUACUCACCGCAGCUCAUGUGCUGGAUGGUUCUCCAAACCCAGCUCUCUAUGCUGGGUUGCUCACUGUUGGUCCAAAGGCCAAGAGUACUACAGAGCCACUGGAGAUAGAGGCUUCAUUCGUUCAUCCUAAAUGGACAAAAACUGAAUCAGGGUCCAGGACAAACUUUGAUCACGACAUUGCUCUGUUAAGAUUGAAAGAGCCUUUGACCAUGGGUCCCACUAUUUCACCAAUUUGCCUACCUGGUGCGUCUUCAGACUAUGAUCCACAGAUAGGGUCCUUGGGCUACAUAGCUGGCUGGGGCAGGACCAAUACUUCUCAACGGUCAGUGAGACUCAGGGCAGCUUGGAUCCCCGUGGUGAACAUGGAUACAUGCCGAAAAGUGAGGCCAGAUCCCCCUGACGACACUUUAACUUACGUGUUCACAGACAAUAUGAUUUGCGCUGGGGAUGGCCGGCAAGACAGUUGUCAGGGAGACAGUGGUGGGGCAUAUGCUAUCAAAGAUCCCCAAGACGAGGCACGCUACUAUGUUGCUGGACUGGUUUCAUGGGGGCCCAAAUGUGGCACUUACGGUCUCUACACUAAAGUGGCAAAUUAUGUGGACUGGAUCAGAGAAGUCAUGAAUCAGUAUGAAGAACCUGAACAGUAGAGACUUCCUCUCCUUGUGCACUGCCUGUUCCCCAGGCACCUUCUGACUCUCAAGAUGUUUUAUACCACUCAGAAGUCCAAAAUACAAAAAAUGAAGUUUGCAGCUAAGGUCCGUAUUAUUGCAAGUCGCCUUAAAUUGCCUGACCUCCUCUGUCUUCAGGAGAAGUAAAAUGAUAGCAGCCAUAUGAUGUUUUUCUUGUUUUGAAUUGCCUUGUCUUCUCUUUCUUUAAUUAGGCUUUGUUUAUUUUCUUUUUUCUUUUUUUGGGAGCUAUGUAUACCAGCUGUGCAAACUCCUGUUAGUUCAUGCAAGAGUAUUGCAUUUUUAACCCCCCAGGGUUUCAACCAUUGGAGAAGGAAUAGGACUAGAAGGUAUUUUUGCAUCAUAGGUCUGGAGCACACAGCCACUGAAAACAGAAAAUUGUAGAACAUGUUACACCAAAAGGUUCUUUUAAAUUGAAAGGCGUGGCAGCCAGCCUUCACCUUCUGCAUUGCUUGCAGGGAGGCUUUUGCGGGAGAACCAUCUCAUGAAUUGUGCCCAAAGUAGCUCUUCGUGCCCUUAUUGCAUAAAAACCAAUUUACACCCAUGAAGACAAGAAUAUUCCAUUUGUAGUUUUCCACUUUACCAGUCUUUGUAGGAAAGAGCUGCUUCAGGGCUUCAACAGGUAAUGCCAGUGCCAAACAGUGGAAAUAUCUUCGUUCCUCCAGGCCAUGAGCAUAAUUUCAAUCCAGCACUGGUAAUGUAAUACAGAAGAAGAGAAACAAAAAAGAGGCAUCAAACUUUCUUCAGUAGGAAGAAGGCUAGUUAAAUGAAAUGUGUACACAUAUCCAAGUGUCGGAGAAUGUAUCCAUCUGAGAUAGCAGUGGGAAGGCCUUCUGAUAAUUGUGCCCUGAGUUAAGUCCAGAAUAUGUGAUUAUGCUAUCCUAAUGCUCUUCAUAGUCAUGUGCCCUUUUUGAAUAGCUUUGAAAUGUACUAAGCCAGGCUACACCAGCACACUGCUGGAGAGGCAGUCCUCUCAAGCUACAGCUUCAAACAACUGGGUCAUCUGAAAUAAAGGUUGAGGCAUUCCUGCUUGAGAGGGAAGAAAAGCAGGCACCCAGUCUCCAUGAAGUAAAAGUGGGCCAUUGCCUGAACAGACCCUUGUGGGCUGCCAGAGGAUCUUCACAGAAUCUUCAUUUGCAGGUUGGGUU